AUGUCACUUAUAGAAUCAGAUGAUAAUUAUGAUUCGCCGGUCAAAUCACCAACUGAAAAUUUAGAUAUGUCUCAUGUUGAAUCCAAAAAUAGUACUACGACAAUUGAUGUUGUUCCUGAAGAAUUACGUUUUAUGAAAGAAUCUAUCGAGGAACAAAGUGCUCAAAUACAAAUAUUUGAGGUUGAAUGUAAUAAUCUUAUAAAAGAGCUGCGGAACCUACAAAGCCAACGCAUUAAACUACAAAAUGAAAGGACAGAAUUGAAUAAA